AUGCUUACCUUCAAGAAAGCCCUUGUGCUUUCUCUGGCCUGUUUGACCCUGUUCUUCAUCUUCAAGUCGCAGCACCACGGUAGCACAGCCCCCAACUUCCGCAAUGCAAAGGAGAUGCCCAGGCCGACUGCCUGGGUGAACCCGGCGGAGAGAGAACGCGCAAAGCUCAAGGAGAAGGAAGCGAAAGAGGCGCAGAAGGCGGCGGAGAAGGAGAAGGCAGAGAAGGCGGACAAGACCUUUGAUACACCCGAUGCGCCACCGCCGAAGAAGCCCAAGACCCAGAUCAGCAUGGACGAGCUGAGGCAGCGCCCUCUCAAGGAACAGCUUGAAUAUCAGUUCCCCUACGAUGUCGACGCCAAGACGCCCGCAUACAUCUGGCAGACGUGGAAGUACACACCGGCACAGGGCGAAUUUGAGGAGAUGUUCCGCGAGCCAGAGGCUAGCUGGAGCAUUCACCACCCUUCUUUCGUCCACGAGGUCAUCACCGACAACGUCGCCGUACACCUGAUCAGACAUCUCUAUUCCUCCGUCCCCGAAGUCAUCGAAGCCUACAAUGCUCUCCCCGUCCCUGUUCUAAAAGCCGACUUCUUCCGCUACCUCAUCCUUCUCGCUCGCGGCGGCAUUUACUCCGACAUAGACACUUCGGCAUUGAAGCCUGCGUCGGAUUGGAUACCUUCAGACGUACCCGCCAACACCUACGGAAUGGUCAUUGGCAUUGAGGCUGAUCCAGACCGCCCAGACUGGGCCCAGUGGUACUCCCGCCGUGUCCAGUUUUGCCAGUGGACUAUCCAGUCUAAGCCUGGCCACCCCGUUCUCGUUGAUGUUGUUACAAACAUUACCCAGGAGACACUUAACCGCAAGCGCGCUGGCAAGCUCAGCAAGGACUACAAGGGCAUAAUCGAGUUUACUGGGCCCGCCGUCUGGACCGACACCAUCUUCUCCUACUUCAACAACCCCGAUUACUUCGAUAUGAGCACAAGCAAGGGCAACAUUACGUGGGAAAAUUUUACUGGCAUGAAGGCGCCUAAGAAGGUUGGCGAUGUCAUCGUCUUGCCCAUCACGAGCUUCAGCCCCGGCAUUAAGACCAUGGGCGCUGGCGAGGAUGACGAUCCAAUGGCUUAUGUCAAGCACAACUUUGAAGGUACCUGGAAGCCCGAAAGCGAACGUCACAUUGGCGAGACCUUCAACUGA